AUGAGCACAGAACCGUACGGCACGACGCCGUUACCCGCCAAGGGUGUAUCGUUACGGUACGAUCCCGGUGACGACAUUUGGGAGAUUGCGCAACAACCCAAGUCGCAACAAAUUGCCGCCUAUGAAGGAUUAUUCCAAGCCGACUCGAUUCACGGUGCGACCGUCUUGGAUGUGAAUCAGCAUUUUGUGAUUUACGCCGUCAAGAAGGGUUUGAUUCGCAUUCUCCAUCGUCAUUCGACACUCCGGACGCUCUUUCGAGGACACGAAGGACAAGUGGUGUCGGAUAUUCGUGUCUUUUUAGAUGGAGAUGUGAUUGGGUCGGUGGGGACUAGCAGUACUACGACGGACCCGACGAAAUCCACUGUCAUUAUUUGGAGAGUCUUUGAACGAACGCCCGAAAUCAUGUCGGAAAUUCUAUUGGAAAUCACGACGGAUGCCUACCAGAUUUCCAGACUCAUUUGGCAUCCCUUUAAUCCAAAUCAAUUCUGGAUCAUUCAUCAUACUACAACACAAACCAGCAGCAACUCCGAAGGUGAAAACAACAGCAAGAUUGCCUCUCUCGUCGAUACCACGCGCAUUUCCACAUUGCCUCAUGAAACCGAGCAACAUGCCGUGUGCAUGUUCCACAUGCCGCAUAUCAUUAUGGACGGAGUCGUUGAAUUGUCGCCACCAUCCACGUCCGGUCUCACCGAUUUGGAUUGGUCCGAAAAAGAUGUCCGACACGUCAUGACGGUACACACAAAAGGGGAAAUUCGAUUGUGGGAUUUGAGAAAGGUAGAGCCUUCUUCUUCUUCUAGCAAUAGCAGUACAAUGCUGCCCGCCUGUCUGGUGCGAAUACAAGAAGAAGAUCAACCACUCUCGCGAUGCAAAUUCUUACCACACGAAUGUCCUCGCGAUCAUGCGGCUCCUACGCAACCAUACUACACCAAUUGCUUCUUGACGGCUGCGCACAACAAUUCCGUCAUUACCCUCUGGUCGCCGUUUGGACCCGACAGUACGCCCACAAAACUACAAGUCUUUGGAUUGGAAUCGCCGUCCACAUCCUAUUUACUCGACAUUUGUUACGCUCCAUCCCCACCCGAUGGACCACCCCCGUCCCUCUUUUGUCUUCAAGCCGAUCAAACUGAUGGAAAAUUACUCACGUGGCAUUUGCAAUCGGAAUGGCAAGACAACAAUACGGUCACGCUCGUGGGAUGCAAUUACGUCGUGCCCUUUGUCACAUCCUAUCCCAUGUACUCGUGGUCGACACAAGUCGCACCCGCCGCCGAUAUUUCCGAAGAUGAACUCGAAGGCGGAUCCUUGGUGUUUGACAUGAAAUUGUUCUCGUAUCAGUCGUCGGUCGUGCAAUGUUUGAUUUUAACGUCGUUCAUGUGUUUGCCACCGGCAUCGCAAUUUCAAGAAACAAGCACGUAUGGAGUCACGGUCGAGCCAUUGCCACAAGCACAACAACUGCAACUUCUCGAGACUGUGAGCAAUCCGGCCCUUUCGGAAGAUUUUGAGGGAGAAGAGUACGAUGUCGGAGAUGAUGAUGACGAACAAGAAGAAGACUACAGUGAACCGCCGGCAGCAUCGGCGUUGCCGGUACCGGAAGGAUUGGAUAGUCCUGCGGCUGUUUCGACACCAGGAGGAGACUUUGGUGGUGGGGCAUUUGCCAAUUGGUUGGGAGCUCUUGCCGUCAGCAACAACAGCAACACUACGACGACCAUUCCUCCUCCACCCGUCGUGGCUCCACUGCCACCAGUUGUACCGGCACCAGUUGCCACCACGACCAUGCUCACACCGGCCGAUCUCUUUCCCAAUCAUCCAUCGAUCCAACAACCCAAUGAUGCGCCGUCGGACGGGCUUCCCACUAGUCUACCACGAUCACCACCAGAGGGGCAAGCACAAAAGCAGCCAAACCAAACUGGCAGCAACAACAAUAACAACAAAAAGGGAAAAUUCAACAAGAAAGGAAACAAGUCUCGUUCGAGGUCUCCAACAAACCAGAAACAAAACGGAGGGAAGGGGCAACAACAAACGCCGCCGCAGCAGCAACAGAUACUGGCACCCGGACAAGAUGUCACCAUUCUCCAACGCAAGUCGGAUGCUCCCUUGGGACCGCCUCCUGGAAUGGCACCCAGUACUGCUGCUGUUCCUGCUAGUACUACUACCACUACUGGAGGAGUGGAUCUAUCGGCCCAAUUCGAGCAACAGCAAGCGGCAAUCGCCAGCGAAAUCCAGAAGGCGGUCCAAGCAGAAAUGCAGCAAACAGUCAUUCCUCUCAUGGAUCAAAAAGUUCGUGCGUGUGUGGACCAAUCCAUUCUGCCGGUCCUCGCUUCGAUGAAUAGUAUCGGAAAGGAUGGAGUCCAAGUCGACCACGACAAGUUGGUCGAUGCCAUUACUGCCAAAGUCGAAGCACCGUUGCGAGCCGCAUUUGCCGAGAAUAUGAAGACAGUCUUGAUUCCGGCAUUCCAGGCCGUCUCGACCCAAAUGUUCUCUCAAAUCGCCGUGUCGUUGGACAAUGGAAUGGCGGCGCAGGCCGCCGGAGGAGCCAGCAAUGGAAAGAUUGAGGAAAUGUCGAAUCAGUUGACCACCAUGACGGCGUUGGUGAAACAACUGGCAUCGGAAGUCGAAAAUCUUCGGUCGGUCGUGUCCGAACAACAACAACAACAACAACAAGGAGGACGUGACAGGACGGAAUCGAUUGCUUCGUCGACCGGGGCGAAUGCGGCAGCCGAAAAGGCAGCAUUGGAACAGGAAGUGAUGCAAUUUUUGAGUGUGCGUCAGUAUGAAGCGGCCUUUACCAAAGCGUUGUCUGCGUCGACAGUGGAAAUGGCGUUGUUUGUUUGUAGCCACGCGGAUCUGGCAGAUGUACUGGGUGGGAGUGUACCCUCGUUGAGCCAACCAAUUCUGCUUUGCCUCAUGCAUCAGCUGGGCACAAGUGUCGUGACAUCGGUGAACGACGAGAACAAUCUAAGUACGGAACUUGCGUGGUUGCAAGAGGUCUCACUGUCGAUCAACCCGAUGGAUGAAUCUAUGAAGCGCCAUUUGCCUUCAGUGCUGCAGCAGCUCGUAACGGGGAUCAAUGACAAAAUGGCUCGCAAUGAACAACCAACCAUGCGUCGCCCCUUGCAACGAUUGCUCCAGGUGCUUCGUGGAGUGCAAGUACAAUAG